AUGGAGUUUGGCCAUCUACUUGCUUUAGCUUUAUUUUGCCUAACUCUCAGAAAAAUUGAUGCGUCCGCGAAAGAUUAUUGGAAUUCUGUUUUUCCAAACACUCCAGUGCCCAAACCUCUCCAGGAUCUAGUGUGGCCUUCCAGCAAAAGCAGCAUACCUAUUAAAGUGGAAGAAGAGAAGCAGUAUUGGACUCUCUUCUUCGAGCAUGACCUUCAUCCACGCAAGAUAAUGCAUCUGGGACUCCACAACCAUUCUAAUGCUCAACCUUCCACGCUGAGCUCAAGAACAACAAGUCAACCUUUUGGAGCAUGGUUACAAGCAAAAGUAUCAGAGAGAUAUAAUCUUGAUGAGAUUUGUGGGAGACCAGCUGCUAAAGGAGAAGGCAAGUUUUGUGCAGCAUCCUUGGAAUCAAUGAUGGGUUUCGCCACUUCAAAGCUUGGGAAGAAUAUUAAGGUGGUUUCAAGUUCCUUUGCCCAAGAUCAUGAGCAAUAUACUGUUGAGGAAGUGAGGAAAGUUGGAGAAGGAGCUGUGAUGUGUCACAGACUGAAUUUUGAAAAGGUUGUGUUUUAUUGCCACCAGAUCAAUGCAACAACAACUUAUAUGGUUCCAUUGGUGGCCUCUGAUGGAACUAAAGCUAAGGCUCUAACUAUUUGCCACCAUGAUACAAGAGGCAUGGAUCCUGUCGUGCUUUAUGAAGUUCUCAAGGUCAAGACUGGAACUGUGCCUGUUUGCCAUUUUGUUGGCAAUAAGGCUAUUGCUUGGGUACCAAAUCUUCGCACUUAUGACUCUUGUGUUGUCUAG